GCCGCGGCCGUGGCAGCUCCGCGAUGCCGCCUCCGGAGCCCAUGCCCGGCUACGGGGAGCUGCUCCGCCGGGGCUACGGCAGCCUGGCCGCGGCCGCGCGGAGCUGCGGGGACUGCGGCUGGCAGCUGGCGCUGCGCACCUGGGCCGAGAACGCGCACCUGGGCUGGGCGGAGGUGCUGCUGUGCGGGAUCUGCGCGCUGGGCUGGACCGCGCUGCGCCGCGCCUGCUCCCGCCGCCUCUUUCGGCCCUUCGGGGAGUGGUGCAAGCUGCAGCCCAGAGAUGCUGCCAAGAUGCCCGAGAGUGCCUGGAAGUUGCUGUUCUACUCCUUGUCGUGGUCCUACGGCGCCUACCUGCUCUUCUGCACCGACUACCCCUUCUUCCACGACCCCCCCUCCGUCUUCCGUGGCUGGCGGCGGGGCAUGGAGGUGCCCGGGGACAUCGCCAUCGCGUACCUGCUGCAGGGCAGCUUCUACGGCCACUCGCUCUACGCCACCGCCUACAUGGACACGUGGCGCAAGGACUCGCUGGUGAUGCUGCUGCACCACGUCGUGGCCCUGACCCUCAUCGCCUCCUCCUACGCCUUCAGGUACCACAACGUGGGCAUCCUGGUGCUGUUCCUGCACGACGUCAACGACGUGCAGCUGGAGUUCACCAAGCUCAACGUCUACUUCAAGCACCGUGCCGGGGUCUACCACCGCCUCAACGAUGUCAUCUCCAACAUCGGCUGCCUCGCCUUCAGCGUCAGCUGGUUCUGGUUCCGUCUCUACUGGUUCCCCCUCAAGGUGCUCUACGCCACCUGCCACUCCAGCCUCCAGUCUGUCCCCAACAUCCCCUUCUACUUCUUCUUCAACGCCCUGCUGCUCGUGCUCACCCUGAUGAACAUCUACUGGUUCCUGUACAUCGUGCUGUUCGUGGCCAAGGUGCUGCUGGGGCAGAUGCAGGAGGUGAACGAUGUCCGUGAGUACGACGUGGAGGAGAGCAGGAAAGCUGGGAAGGAGGCUGGGAUCCAACUGCCCCGGGCUCUGAAGGAAGGGCUGCACCUCAGGAACGGCCUCGUGAAGGACAAGAGGUUGUGAGGGCGGCGUGGCCACGGCUGCCAGGGCCUGGCACCGCCCAGGACGCUGCUCCGGGACCCUGCCAAGGACGGGCCCAAGGAGAAAUUCCCCCCUGACCCCCUGCCAGCCCUGCCCGGAGCCGGGGAGGACACGCCACUGCCAGGACAGGGCCCCUCGGGGCUGGGCUGUGCCCUGUCACCUGUGCCCUGGGGCUGGGGGGCUCCCUGUGGCCCAGUUUGGCUGGGAGACUGGUGGCUGUGCUGGCCCAGGUAGGGUCUGGGGCUGCCUUUGUGUCCCGGGUGUCGCUCCACGUCCUCAGCCCCCUGGACCCCCCCUCUGAGCCUCCCCCAGCCGCUCCUGCAGGGUCCAGCUCCAAACUGGGCAGGGGGAGCUCCUGUCCUGCCCUGGGGAGGGGACCCCGAGGCCAGCUGUGCUCCAGCUGCCACCCAGGGACUGCAGAGGUGGCCUUGGAGGAGUCACUGUCACCUGCAGCUCCCGCUGCCUGGAAAUCCACCUCAGGAGCUCCAGCCCAGCCCUUGGAGGAGGCCCAGGAGGUUGGAAAAGCUUGGAAAGCCCCGUGUGGGUCUUGGAGUGGCUUCAAAAGGGUCCUGCAGGUCCCUGCUGGGGGAUUCCCCCCAGGACCGUCCCCUUGCUGAAGGAAGAACAGAGAAUUCCUGCUCCCAGGGCUGGGAUUUUGGGAAGAACAAAGAAUUCCUGCUCCCAGGGUGGUAUUUUGGGAAGAACAGAGAAUUCCUGCUCCCAGGGCUGGGAUUUUGGGAAGAACAAAGAAUUCCUGCUCCCAGGGUGGGAUUUUGAGAAGAACAGAGAAUUCCUGCUCCCAGGGCUGGGAUUUUCAGAAGAACAGAGAAUUCCUGCUCCCAGGGUGGUAUUUUGGGAAGAACAGAGAAUUCCUGCUCCCAGGGCUGGGAUUUUGGGAAGAACAGAGAAUUCCUGCUCCCAGGGCUGGGUUUUUUGGGAAGAACAGAGAAUUCCUGCCCCCAGGGCUGGGUUUCCAGGCAGCUCCAGCCCUGCAGGUUCCAGGUCCCUGUCCUGGGCAGCUCUGUGGGUUUGGGUCCCUCGCUGUCCCCUCGCUGUCCCCUCCCAGGCCAGGACCCACAGCUCCCUCCCCGAGCAGCCAGAGGAGGAUCCAGGGCGUCAAUUCCAGGUGUGGGAGGGUGGGAAUUUCUGGGAUUUAUUCCAUGCUCGGUCUGUCACGGCGAUUCCCCUCCAGACUUGUUGUGUCUGAGCCAGGGACAGACCCUGAAUGGGGCUGCUGGGAAUGUCCCCAAGCUGUGGCAGGACCUUGUCCCUCCCUCCGUGACUUCCAGGGUGUCAGAGGAACAUCCCAGUGCUGGAAUUCCUUGGUUUUCAGUGGGGUUUGCAGGGCAGGAAGGGAUCUGAUCCCCCAGGAUGGGCCGGAGCAGAGCUGGGGUGACCCUGGGGGGAUAAAACGGAAUUUUCCAGUGCUGGCAUUGAGCUGGGUGGCUCCAGCUGUUUUUGGGGGCUGUGACAUCGAGGUGGUGGUGGCAGCUCUGCUGUGAUGGCCAGGAAGGGACUGGGGGACCUGGGGGUGCCUGGCUGGGGCAGGACCCGGCGCUGGGUGGGAC